AUGGCCAUACCGCCAGAAGACUUGCCGCCGCCAGCAAGCGGCAGCGCACCGCCACCGUUGCCGACGCAGCCUCCGACGGCAGCCGACGUCCUCGCCGCCAAGUUGCCACCAACACGGCCUAUCGAGCACUUCACCGCACUAGACAUUCUCAAAGACUCGAGCGUCAAGGGGUACAGCUAUGUCGUGCCGAAGAUCAACCUGCGGUUCCUCGCCCUUCCUACUCCGCAGGGUGUGCAGGUGCCAUCACGCCUGCCCUCCGCGAGCGACGGUGACAUGCACCUCUCCGUCGCAGAGCCACAGCGCCAAGUGCACUAUGUGCCCGUACCCAUUGGCACCAACGGCGACGUUGGCGAGAUCUUCUUGCCACCGGGCACACCCCCCGACGUGGCAGCGACCAUCAAGGCAAACGUCGCCUGGGCUGCUUCCCGUGUCCACGCCAAGAACAGCACCGCCGUGUGGUCCGAGGCAGACGACCUGCUAAAAUUCGUUCUCGUGCCCGUGGACAGGAAUGGACUGCCGAGGGAUCCGGAGGGCGUUGGAUCCCUCCGGCCCGCCGACGCCGCGGACGCGAGGCAGUUCAACGCCGCACUGAUCAAGGCGUUUGGCCGCCGCCAGCCCGAGGGCAGUACGGACUUGGCACCGUCGAAGCAAGGUGACAUGUCUUUGCUCCCUUCGCGUCCUGGCUGGGCCUCGAUCCCAUACUAUCCGAAUGGCGCAAAGUCAGACCAUGAAGAACGGCACCACUGGAUCGCGGUCCCCGUCAACGAGUUGGGCAUCCCCGUCAACCAGAUCGGCGUAGCUCCCACCGUUGCGCAGCAGCCGAAUAACACGGCGGUGCACCAUUCUGCGGAACUGCUUCGAGCCAUUCGGACGCGCGGACCGACUUCCGUGCGCCUUUGCCAUGAAGCGGUUCAGAGAAACGGCUUGAGUCACAAAGUUGACGAGGUGAUUCACUACGUGCCCGUCCCUGUGGGCCCUGAUGGCCAGCCAGUUGGCCAACCGCGACUGCCACCCAACGUCCCGCAGGACCAAGCUUCGCAGCUCACCGCUGGUCUACUCGAGGACGUGCGCAAGAUCGGGCGGGCGCGUCCGCCGCCACCGUCCGACUCGGCCGCCGCUGCAACAUUUGCCAAAGCCGGUGGCGGCGUCGUGUCGACGGGCGCCUUCGGUCCGACUGCCGCUGUGGACUCCACCGUGCCCCCGCCCCCGAUCGUUGCCCAGGCUAUGGCCGUCAAACCUAACGGCAAUAAAACGUUUAUUCCCGUGCCCAUCGGCCCCGAUGGCAAGGUUGUUGGCACUCCACGCAUACCCGACUCUGUCGGCAAGCACGCAGCCAAUCUCAGCCAGAUGGUCACCUCGUCCCUCAACCGAGGCUCGGGAGUUAACGUAUCGAUACAGAAGUCGCUGAAGCCGGGCGACCUACCGAAAACGUUCACCUGGGUUCCCGUCCAAGUGGACAACGAUGGCAAGCCUGUUGCCCUCCCCAUCAUGUCCCAGCCGUUGGGAUCCGACGAGGAGGCCGCCAAGGUGCGCAAAGCCUUGGCAGAGGAGGUCGAGGGGCGCGCGGCCUUGACGGCGCGGCUGAUCGCCGACGCGGCCGGGCCACGCCCGUCAACUGUAUCGGCCCUUGCUUCCAAGCAAAGCGAGUCGUCCUCCAUCUCCUCGACGCCUAGCUCCUCCGAGCCGGUCGAGCAGCUGGCCGCCCCUCCCGCCUCAUUCCACCUCGCGGCGCCAGCACGACACGCCGUGCCAGCCGUGACUCCUCCGAAGGAGAAGUGCCUCACGUGGUGCUCGCAGCAGGCUGACGCGCCGGCAAUGUGCCGCAUGUGGUGUCUGCGCAAGCGGGUGGCGGUGCAGACGACGCAGAGCGACGCACUCGCGCGGCUACGCGGCGGCUCGACGCCAGACGGCAAACCAACCCCUUCGCCGGCGUGGACGCUGGCCGACGCCGUCCGCGCGCCGUUCGAGGCGCUGCGUGUCGGCAUCAGCCCAUACUCGAUCGUCUACGUCAAGGGCACGACUGAGGGCGUCGUCGGUCGAUACCAGGAGGAGCUGGAGGGCGACGACGGCAUCUACGACUUUGGCCCGCUGAGCCGGCACGCGCCGGCCGACCUGGCGCGUAAGAGCACGGGCGGGUUUGAGUGGCUCGACUGGGCCGAGAACGGGCGCAUGGUCCACGUGCCGCUCUUGUCCGUCUUUGGGCCAAUCGUCAACCUGCCUGCCAACGUCGAGAAGGUGUUUGGCGCGCCGUUCCGCGUCGCCCACGCCAACAAGGACGUCCUCUCCGAGGGCGUGCACAAGCGCAUGGUCGAGCGCAUGGUCAAGGAUAUCCAGGACGGAGGCGCCGUCAAUAUCCUCGGCAAGAUUACAAACAAGUGGUUCCCCAAGAACCCUACACCUACUGCAUCAGACAACAACAACAAUAAGAAGAAGGAGAAGGAGGCCGAAGGCAAGGAAGAGUAG